GAAGCUGCUCUUCACAGGGAUGAUGUGGAGUUUAUCAGUGACCUGAUCGCCUGCCUUCUUCAAGGUUGCUAUCAGCGCAGAGACAUCACAUCACAGACAUUUCACAGCUACCUGGAGGACAUCAUCAACUAUCGCUGGGAGCUGGAGGAAGGGAAACCUAACCCCCUGCGGGAGUCCACCUUCCAGGAGCUGCCCUUGCGCACCCGGGUCGAGAUCCUGCACCGCCUCUGUGACUACCGCCUCGAUGCAGAUGAUGUCUUCGACCUCCUCAAGGGCUUGGACGCGGACAGCCUCCGUGUGGAGCCGCUGGGUGAGGACAGCAGUGGUGCCCUGUACUGGUACUUCUACGGCACGCGGAUGUACAAGGAGGACCCUGUGCAGGGGAGAACGAACGGAGAGCUGGCUCCAGACAGGGGAUGCGGGGGGCAGACAAACACCUCAAAUGUUCCUGGGAAAACAGGGAAGAGACGAGGGCGACCCCCAAAGCGGAGAAAACUGCUGGAAGAAAAUUUGCUGAGGGAGAAGGCAGAAGAGAACUUGCUAAUCUGCGAGACUCAGAUAAGAAACGGGUCCCAAGGGCCUGGCCGUGGGACAUGGUGGCUGCUGUGUCAGACGGAAGAGGAGUGGAGGCAGGUCACAGAGAGCUUCAGAGAGAGGACUUCCCUUAGAGAAAGGCAGCUCUACAAACUCUUGAGUGAAGACUUCCUGCCGGAGAUCUGCAACAUGAUUGCACAGAAGGAGAAGCGUCUACAGCGGACAGAGUUUUCUCCCAGGUGGCUGUCUGAACAUCAACCCAUCAAACCAAUCAAGCAGGAGGUAAACCCAAAUGUGCUGAGUUCAAUGGAGAAGCAGAGGCGCAGAGAGGAAGAGGAAGAGCGCCAAAUCCUGAUAGCAGUGCAGAAGAGGGAGCAGGAACAGCUGCUAAAGGAGGAGAGGAAGAGAGAAAUGGAGGAGAAAGUCAAAGCAGUGGAAGAACGGGCCAGGAGGAGGAAGCUUCGUGAAGAGCGGGCCUGGCUGCUGGCGCAGGGGAAGGAGCUCCCCCUGGAGCUUUCCCACUUGGAUCCCAGUUCCCCUGUCAGGGAAGAGCGAAGGACCAAGGAUCUCUUUGAACUGGAUGAUGAGUUCACAGCGAUGUACAAAGUUCUAGAUGUGGUAAAGGCUCACAAGGACUCUUGGCCUUUUUUGGAGCCCGUUGAUGAAUCGUAUGCUCCCAACUACUACCAGAUCAUUAAGGCCCCCAUGGACAUCUCUAGCAUGGAGAAGAAGUUGAAUGGAGGUCAGUACUGCACCAAGGAAGAAUUUGUGGGCGAUAUGAAGACCAUGUUCAGGAACUGUCUUAAGUACAAUGGUGAAGGCAGUGAAUAUACCAAGAUGGCUUACAACUUAGAAAGGUGUUUCCACCGAGCAAUGAUGAAGCACUUCCCUGGGGAAGAUGGAGACACAGAUGAGGAGUUUUGGAUCAGAGAAGAUGGGAGACGAGAGAAGAGGAGCCGUCGAACUGGCCGCUCCAGCACAGGCAGUGUUUGGACUCGGUCACGAGACCCAGAUGGACCAGGCAAGAGGCAGCAACGCCUGGAAAAUGGAGGAAAACCUCCACCGUAUCGAGCUACUUCCAGUGCUCCUGCUUCCUCCUCUUCCUCUUCCUCCUCCUUCUCCUCAUCCUCUGCAGAAGAUCCAAGUGGCAACGCAAUGCAGCCUCCUCGAGAAGUGGGCCCUUCCAACGGGCGAGGUUUCCCUCGCUCUCUGCAGUACAGCAGCAUGCCCAGCUCUGUGCCGCAUCCCGGCCAGAUGAGACCAGCUGUGCCGGGAGCGUUUGUCCCCCUGCGUGGAUCGGAUCCCACGAAACUGUAUGGCUCUCCACGAGUGCCUGAGCCCCAUCCUGGAGACCCAAUCCAGCAGCACCAGCACUUUGCUAUGCAGCCGGCCGUGGGACUGAGUGAGCACCGUGGGCACAGGCUGGCCACCCCGGAGAAGCAGGCCUGCACUCCGCCGGGAAAACCCCCCAGCCAGAGGAUGCUGCAGCCACAGGCUGCUCUGUUUGGGGUACCACCUCAGGUUCAAAGAGGGUGCCAGGGCGGGGACUCCAUGAUGGACAGCCCGGAGAUGAUCGCCAUGCAGCAGCUGUCCUCCCGGGUGUGCCCGCCGGGUGUGCCUUACCACCCUCGCCAGCCGCCCCUACCACACCUUCCUGGACCCUUUCCCCAGCUGGCUCAUGCUGCCUCCGCCGCCAGCGUGCAGCCUCCAAAACCCAUCAUGGGGAAUGGAAGCUCGCAGGAUCUGACCAGUCAGACCAUGGAGACAGAGAGCAACCAAGUGGAGCCACCAGCAAACAUGGACGAGAAGGCUCAGUGCAUUGGCAUUCCCGACGGAGCCUACUCCAAACUCCUACCUCAUCCCAAGCCCCCGCUGCCCAUGGAGUGCACCAGGCGCACCUUGCCCCCGGAUGGGGAGGGGGACGGCUCCGCUGUGAAGUGUGACAUGAAGGCAGGGCAGGCCAAAGGCACGUGGCCAGCGGAGAGCAGCUACGCCGGUGGCCCGGGCUGCGUGAGGGACCUGGUGCAGCUGGAGAAGCCCCUCUGUGACGGGGAGAAGGCUUUGCCCGAAGAGACUGUGCCUUGCAUGGGGCAGGGCACUGGCCUCCCCAGCAUGGAUGCUGGCUCCAUGGGGGCUGCCCCCAACCAGUUCCACCCUCUGUACAUGCCUGGUCUGGAAUACCCGAAUUCGGCCGGGCGGUACCAUAUCAACCCAGGCCUGCAGGGUUUCAGCCCCGUGAUGGGGGGGAAACCACCUCCUGCCUCCCACCCCCAGCAUUUUCCCCCACGGGGUUUCCAGCCGAGCAGUGCCCACCCUGGUGUCUUCCCCCGGUAUCGGCCACCCCCCGGCCCCCGGGGGUCCGCCAGUGGCUUGCAGGGCUGUGAGGCACUGAGCGCUGCCCUGGCCUCUCCCAACCGCAUGGACAUAGCAAGUGCCAAAGAGGUUUCUCCGAGCGACGGGCAGGAUUUGGAGCCUGAAGACGAGAAGUCCGAGGAAUCCCAGGAAAGGCCAGAGAGUCCCAAAGAGUUCCUUGAUUUGGACAACCACAACGCGGCCACCAAGAGGCAAAGCUCGGUGGCAGCAGGGGAGUUCCUCUAUGGAGCCCCCCCGCCACACCUGGGUGCAGGGAUGGGAUUCAGCCCAUCGUCUUUCCCUCCCCAUGGGGUGAUGCUACAGACUGGCUCUCCUUAUGCAUCCCGGCAUCCUGUCGGUCACUUCCAGCCCAGGACGUAUGGAUCACCCAUGAAUGCUCACCUGUCUCAUCAUCCAGCCUCCAGCCAGGCCAAUGGCCUCUCUCAGGAGGGACCCCUGUACCGCUGCCGGGAGGAGAAUGUAGGUCACUUUCAGGCCUUGCUGAUGGAGCAGAGAGGCAGUGGAGGUGGCAUGGGGGGGCCACCCCAGGACUUGUAUAGACCCUCGGGAAUGCAAAUACAUCAGGCUCAAGUUCCCUUCCUGAAGAUGCCUGCAGCAGCCAUGUCCCGGGAAGAUCUGACGUCACAAAAACCACCAGUGUUGCCUCUGGAUCAAAGCUAGUCCAAGGAAGGAAGGACCUCACGAAGAUGAAAGCCACACGUGAUUUUGACAAGUGGGAGAAGGGGCAGGCCUUCCUCCCACCCUCCCCUCGCCCAAGCAGCGUGUAGCUUCCUGGGUCCGUGGAACAUGGUGCCGCCACGUCUUUUGUGUUGGUAACCUGGAGCAGUGCUGGGCCCCAACCAGCUGAGCAGCUGGCUUGCCACCACAGGGCAAGCUUCACAAAUUAGUGGCUUUCCAUGACUGGAGACUGCGUCUUGUUCAGGGUUUGAGGGAUUUUUUGGGUGAGGAGGGUAGGGGUGGGGGUGGAAAUUUUCAUUGACUGCUAAACUCAGGUAUAUUUUUCAGGGUGGAAGAGGAUAAUGGUGGAAUUUUACUUGUAGUAUUAAUGUGUGUGUUUGGAGCUGGAUCCAGUUUACAGAAUUUAACUCGU